GCUCACUAGCGUUCACGCCCGUGGCGCUAGGCGCUACGCCUUCGGAUUACGGUCUGUGACGUGUCUCGCUCUGAUUGGCUAGCUUGAGUUGUGUUAGUGGGCGCGGCUUAGCACGUGCUGCACAGUGUUACACACUGUUGAAUUGGUUCUACGAUUUACGAUCGAGCUGUGCCGAUCACUUGUUGAUUUCUGGUCUCCAGACUUUCAAUAUUAUUAAAAGUCAGCUAUUAGCGGUGCGACGUUUCGCGAUUCCGCGUAGUUCGCUAUACUUAUCGCAUAGCUCACUCCACGGGAUAGAUUCCGUUUCUGUCUCCGUAUCUGGAUCACAGUUGGAUCUAGCAUUAGAUGGUAGCAGAGCCGACAGCGGUUCUCUGAUUGAAUUGAUCUGAUCUGAUUUGAAUUGUGUCAGGCAAAAUUGGCCUGUUAUUUGACGUGUUACCCGCGACCAGCAAGGCGCAGGUCUGUGUGACAGCAAAGCGCAUACCACAAGCGGUGCAAUUUCCUCCAACGGACGCGGAUUUCCAGCUUCGGUUUUCGGUACGGUAUCUUCAGCGAAGAACCGUGCUGUUUCCUUAGCUGUGCAAGAGUGCAAGAGUUCAGUCGCCAGUGUUCCUCGGUGUAGAGUCUUCAGCGAAGACCUACACUGGUGUCACUGGUACUCGGCAAGGAUUCAGCGAAUCCUAAGCCGUGGGCCACAAGCGGCGAAGCGCCAAAAGGGGCGCACGGAAGAGACCAGAUCAGACUCCUCCAAAUUGGAGUAGAGCACAACUACUGUUGCUACGGCAGUCAGCCGGCACAGUAGCAGACUAAAAGCGUGCGGCACAACCGCUACGGAAAAGCGGCAGCGCGGGAGCGGAUUGUGGAGAAGAAAUUGGAUCAUCUGGAUCACUUUCCCGUGGAAAGGACGGUUGACAGAUUUUAAACGGAAGAUGGCACAAAAAGGUCAAGCCAACCGACGAGACCAGGGAACACUUCAAACGGACGUCGAUCAGUCUACGGGCUAUAACCCAAAGUGUCCGGACUGUUUACGGAAUAAUAGAAAAGUUGACAAAAAGUUUCCGUGUUACGCUUGCGUUCACAAGUUGGGUGACCCACACAUCGUUUCACUCGUGGGACUUAUGGAAGCUAAACGGGGGAACAUGGACGUUUUUCGAAACCUCAUCAGCGCGAGGAACUAUGGCAGCAUUCCAGUUGAAGAGCGGAUGCUACUUGAGGAUCGUUACCGGGAAGCGAUCCAGAAUCAUGAAAGUGGCUGGGAUGAGACUUUGGAGCCAUUGAAAUGCCCGCAAACGGAUGCAUACCGUAAGAAGUUCGAGGAGGACCAGGAGAAAAUGCGACGGCAACAGCUGGAGGACGAACUCCGGGCAAAGAUCAAUGCGGCGAAUCAAAAGGCGAGCGAACAGGCCGCAAGAGAGGCGCUGCCAAAUCCGUCGAGUUCAACUGUACCGACAGCCAGCCUCAACGAAGAAGAAGCGCAACUUACACGUCAGUCUCUUAUCAUUCAGAUUGACACUCUGACGAGUGAUCCGGCCGCUAUGCAACAGGAACUAUUUGAUGCGCUGUUGCGGGAGAAAUUGAGACUGCAGAAGGGUUUCGCCCCAGCACCGUACAUAAAGAAGGCAAUUGAAGAGCGUAUGGAAGACCUGCGCAAAUCCCGCCAGAACGAGAGCAAUGUUCUACAGGCGCUCAGAGGAUUUAGACGAGAUGACGUGUUUACACGACCCCGUUCACCGCCGCAUAGAGAAAGGUCACGCGGACAUUCACGUGAACACGAGCGGACUUCAGAAAGACGAAGCGAAAGGUCACGUGAACACUCCCGCGAAAGGACACGGGAUUAUCGUAGCGAAAGGUCACGCGAACGUUCCCACGACAGAGAUUACCGUGGCGGAAGAGGAUGGGUGCGCCAUGGAAAUGAGAUAACGGAAACAAGCAUUCAGCGGAAAAUCGAUACGGCAAAGAUUUUGGCCGCGACAAGAGGACGUGAAGAGCAACGGCGUGCGGAGACUUACCGCACAGAGCCUGAAAAGAAAGGUCAUCAGGUGCCGUUGGAAGUUGGAUUCCGUAACCGUAACGUUAGGAUGUCAACACCUGAAAGGUCAUGGGACAAAAGACGCGAACAUACGCGAAAUCGAACGCCAGACCCACAGGAUAGACGAUGGCAGGAAAGAGCCAAGUAUUACGCGGGUUUUGAAUCUGGCGCGAGUAAAAGGUCAUCAAGCGCGGAAAGGGAAGAUUCACCCCCAAAAUACCAAAGGAUGGAAUCAACGGUCCACGUGGUGGAUCCAAUCAUUAGCACUGCACAAGAAGAUGACCCAAUGGAAGGAGCCAGUUCAGUCGCAGAAGUGUCCCAGAAUGUGACCCAUCGACGAAACGUAAUUCUGGACAGCGACCCCCAACCGGCUACACCGGCGAGUAAUGAACCGCCGCAGUUAGAAUUAGGAGAACGGAGCGCACAAGAAAGUCAGCGCGCACCGGAUGAACGUCGUGAAGCCGAUCGACGAACGAUUUCUAGGUUCAAUAAUCGACACCCGGACACGAUCGACAUGGUAUACGAUAUGCGCGACACCGACGAACAAAAGACGGAAAUUUGCCGAUAUAUGGGGAUUGAAGAUGAUUCGGCAGAGGCGAAUAAGAUUCACACGAUUCUGAAUCAGCUUCGCCAGUUUUUACUCGAUUCUGGGUACGCGAGAGAGAUUAAGAGGGGAGUGGAAGAAGGAACUUUUCGUCGACUAUACAUUCCUCGUGACUCUGCGCGAGAUUGUUAUCUCCCCAUCCGACGAAAUGGAUUACACAGUUUGCUGGAUUUGAGCCUAUUGGACGUGCCAUUGGACACGACUGACCCAGUCGGGAUGACACAAUUUUAUUACACAGACUAUGAUGAACGACAGGAAUAUGUGGCUCAGUUCGUCUUACGACACAUAAAUCCGGCCUUCAAGUUGCUUGCAGCUAGAGCAUCCAUCGGAUUACAGGUGGAUCCCACAGACCAUGCCGCAAAAAGGAUGGGGCAGAAGGUCUUCGCUGCGAGAUUGGCACACUAUAAAACACAGAACCAGUUGGUUUCCAACACAAUGAAGGACGACAUCCCGCCACUUUUCCGACCUCACGUGGUUAAGUUGGGAGAGCCUAUGGAACAUGUUGGAAUAGCCCACACGGCUCGGAAGGCGUUGAAAAAGUGUAGGACACGAAGGGAAAAGGGAAAUCUUACACAGCGCCAUGCCUCCCAGGUCGAAGAGCGGAUUAAUAAGAUCAAAGAUACUAUGGGAAGCGAUUAUGUUGAACCAGUGGACGGAGUAGACGUCUACAUUAACGAAUUUCUGGUGAAUAAAGGCGACCGACGCCCAGAACGCGCCCCUAACCAGAUAGGACGACGCGGCCUAAGAAACCAGCAACUCCGCGAUAACCUCGCUGAUGUGCAACGGCGACUGGCGGACGACCCUAAUAACCGAAGACUGCGACUGGAAGAAAAUGACGCACGCCACCGGGUAGAGGCGGUUAAACGCAGUCGCCAAGGGAAAGGUCGCGGUCAGCGAGAAGUUGACCCGGAAAAGGUCAUAGCAGUUGAUUCCACGGAACCAGUUGACCGAACGUCUGACCGCAAUCAACCAGAAAGUUCUAAGAAGCGCCCGCCGAGAGACGGCGAGGAGGGCGACUCAAAUGAAAUGGAAUAGUGCUGAUCGUUAGGAUCACACUAUUAAAAGGGGCGUCUACGGCAAUCGUCGGUACGUCACAAGAAUGAGAAAUGAGAAAUGGUGUUGUAUAAGGGCGACGUGACAUAUUAACAUUAACUGCAUUUGUGUAUUUGUUGUUUUCAGCGUUUAUAGCACAGAAUCGCAAAGGAUAAAGAAAUCAUGUGGAGCAGCGAUUGGGGUUUAAAUUGAUUCGGUCUAUUACGCCGGCCCCAAAGGAGUUGCUACGGCAGUCAGCCGGCUCUCCUCCUUAAGCGACUCAGUGUUAUAAAUUAGCAAGAGAAACUACGGUAAUCAAGCCGGAUCUCUUGAAGACGAAGAUGGGCCAUAAGCGGCGAAAAAGAGAAAGACAACAGGUGGAAAUAUUAAUGGGGUUAAAUUUGAUUCGGUCCAUUAGCCGGCCCCAUCAGAGACGCUACGGUGUACUAUGCCGGCCACUCUCCUUAAGCGAUUCAGUGUCAAAACUUAACGAGAGAAAUAACGGUAAUCAAGCCGGAUCUCUCGUACGGAAGCUGGGCCACAAGCGGCGAACAAGAGUAAAAGAUUUAAUGUGGAAGCGUCAUGGGGUAAAUUUAAUGCGGUAGUUAGCCGGCCCCAUCAGAGAUGUUACGGUAAACUCUGCCGGCACUCUGGCCGCUCGAGGCAUAUUGAAGUGGGAUGUGCGACGGAAAGGUCAACUUAAAAGUUUUACCAGGGGGGCAAGCGAAGAAAUGCUUGAAAGUCGGCAAAAAUCGGCUAAGUUCCUCCAUGACCUUUAAUGGAAGUUUGAAGAAAAGUUGGAUGACCCUUGGGAUCAUUACCGCCCAAGAGAGUCACCGUACCGGAAUUCCAGUCGCAUGACCUUUUGGGACCAUUAACCCAUAACGAGUCGCACAUCUCAACGGAUCAUCUCAAUAAAGGAUGACCUUUAUCAGGGAGGAAGCGAAUUACGCUUGUCUACACGACGUCCCUCCAUGACCUUUAACGGAUCUCAUUUUUAAGUCGUACAAUUGAUACGCACCAUAUUCCAAAGAUGAAGCAGUAUUUCUAAGUCGUACUUGAUACGCACCUGAUUCUCAAAGCGGAUUGUGAUGUAAGUCGCACUACGGAUGCGCAGAAUUGCUCAACCGAGCGGAAUGGGCCAAAGUGCGGAAAACGGUGGACAGGACCUGUGACCUUUACGAGUCAGAAACGGAGGAUCCUAGUCUACAUUUGAUUAAUACUUUUGUUGAUCUUAUAACUGUUGAUCUGUUUUUGUAUUAGAAUUGAUAUGGAAUAGUAUUUUAAUACAGAUCUCUUUAUUUCACAUUGUGCAUUUGGAAUUAUGUGAUUAAAUGGAUUAAGAGAUUUGAUGUUUUUGAGCACGCACAGACACCGGCGACCGUCGUUUUUCGUGGAUUCGGGAGUUUGUCCAGCCUCAACGGAGCUCGGCAUCCCCCCAGAGGCAUGUGAGACGAGGCUCACUAGCGUUCACGCCCGUGGCGCUAGGCGCUACGCCUUCGGAUUACGGUCUGUGACGUGUCUCGCUCUGAUUGGCUAGCUUGAGUUGUGUUAGUGGGCGCGGCUUAGCACGUGCUGCACAGUGUUACACACUGUUGAAUUGGUUCUACGAUUUACGAUCGAGCUGUGCCGAUCACUUGUUGAUUUCUGGUCUCCAGACUUUCAAUAUUAUUAAAAGUCAGCUAUUAGCGGUGCGACGUUUCGCGAUUCCGCGUAGUUCGCUAUACUUAUCGCAUAGCUCACUCCACGGGAUAGAUUCCGUUUCUGUCUCCGUAUCUGGAUCACAGU